AAGAAGUCAUGGCGGGGGUUCAAGCCUUUCGAACGGUGAAAAUAAACGUGAACUACGAGCAAGAUAAAAAGGAUAUAAAGCUUUUCUUAGAAGCCUUCCAGUCAAGGAGUACUGUGAGCCCAGAUGAAUUUAUGGACAUCGAUGUGGAAAGUGACGAUCCUAAUUCCUAUAAGUACAAAAGGCAACUUCAAGCUAUAGCGAAUAGAGAGCAAGAUGCUCUUAUUAUCGAGUUAGACGACAUUGCUGCUUGGGAAGAUAAAGCAGAGGGUGGAUUACUUCAUAGAAUUCAAGAAAACACGCGUCGUUAUAUCAAAAUGUUUUACGAUGUUAUUGAUAAAAAAGAAAAUAGACUAAUGCCCACACCAGAAAGAGAAAUUAAUUUUGACGAUGAUGUCAUCGACGUGAUCAUGCAACAUCGAAGGGACAGAGAUAGCCGAAGAUCUCAAGCCGAUCGCACUUCUUUCCCACCAUCAUUGACAAGGAGAUAUACCAUGUAUUUUAAACCGUUGUCGUCUGACAAACCUUAUUCUAUACGUGGCGUGAAUGGUAGUUGCGUUGGCCACUUAGUGACUAUACAAGGCAUCAUUACUCGUGUUUGUGAUGUAAAGCCAUUUUUAAUGGUUGCUGGAUUUUCGUGUGAAAUGUGUGGCGAAGAGGUGUUCGAAGAAGUGACAAAAAAGACUUAUUUACCACGCGUUGAAUGCCCGUCAGAAUCUUGUAAAACAAAUAACACCGAACAAGUUCCAAUAGGACAUAUUCCUCGAACAAUGACCAUCUUAUUGCAUGGUCCUUUGACGCGUACAGUAAGUCCAGGGGAUGUGGUAAAUGUAUCAGGAAUAUUUCAAGCAACACCACAUUAUGGCUACAAGGGAGGAAAUACUCUACUGACCGAUGUUUAUCUUGAAGGUCAGUAUGUUCAUCAACUCAAAAAACAAUAUGAUAAAAUGGAAAAAAUUCCAGAAAUUCAGGAAAAGGUAAACAAACUUGCUAAGGACCCCGAUGUUUAUACCAAAUUAUCGAGGAGUAUCGCUCCAGAAAUAUAUGGUCAUGAAGACGUAAAGAAAGCAUUGUUAUUGAUGCUCGUUGGCGGUGUAACAAAAACAAUGGGGGAUGGAAUGAAAAUUCGUGGUGAUUUGAAUAUAUGUUUAAUGGGAGACCCAGGUGUUGCCAAAUCGCAAUUACUUAAAUACAUAUGUAAAGUAGCACCACGGGGGGUAUAUACUACCGGACGUGGUAGUUCAGGUGUGGGUUUGACAGCAUCAGUAGAGCGGGAUCCAGUAACGAAUGAAAUGGUGCUAGAGGGUGGUGCAUUGGUUCUUGCGGAUAACGGUAUUUGUUGCAUCGACGAAUUCGAUAAGAUGGAAGAUACUGACCGAACAUCCAUUCAUGAGGUGAUGGAACAACAAACUAUUAGUAUCAGUAAGGCAGGCAUCACAACUACAUUGAAUGCACGUACGUCAAUUCUUGCCGCUGCGAAUCCACUUUAUGGACGAUAUAAUCCAAAAGUAUCUCCGAGUCAUAAUAUAAACCUUCCUGCGGCUCUUUUGUCAAGGUUCGACAUUCUGUUUUUGAUCUUGGAUAGACCAGAUAUGGACGAAGAUGCAAGGCUGGCACAUCAUGUGGCAUACGUUCACAUGCAUGGUAAACAACCUCGAACGGAUACCGAAGUGCUGGAUGCAGAUACGAUCAGACAUUACAUUGCUGAAGCUCGUAGUAAACGGCCAGUUAUUCCAGAGGCGAUAGCAGGGCAUAUGGUCGAUACAUAUUGCGAUAAUCGACAAGAGCAAAAGAUUGCAGAAGCACGAAAGAAAGAAUUUACUUAUACGAGUGCUCGUACGCUUUUGGCAGUGAUUCGUUUAUCACAAGCAUUGGCGCGUAUUCGACUCCAAAAUGAGGUUAAAAGUUCUGAUAUCGAUGAGGCAUUAAGAUUACUUAUGGUAUCAAAAGAAACAUUAAAUGAUCCAGCAGACAGAGAUUCUAGAAGUGACAGAUCACCGACAUCUCUUAUUUAUGAUAUUAUUAUAUCAAUUUUUCGAAGAAGUAGAACUAAUGGUACGCUUCAGUAUCUCGAUAUCAAAGAAAGAGUGAUUGCGCAGGCAUAUACGGAAGAUCAAUUAAAAGAAUGUAUCAAAGAAUACGAAGAAAUUGGUAUUUGGGCCUUGAAUAGCGAGCAAACAAUUUUAUCGUUGCUUCAAUAUGAUCAGCUUGAAGAUGAUCAGAACGACUAA